ACUUUUUAUUUUUUUAGAAACUGAAAAUUCAUUUUAUUUAAAAUUCUCGGUUCUCUGGCGUCAUUUGGAAACUAUUCAUUGAUUUGUUUGUCGGUGAAGUUCAUUUCCCGGCGAUCUAUUUUCCCGGCGAAAUCCUCGUCGAUCUCUUUCUCCGGCGACAUCGAGCUGUUGCUGUUUACACCUAACUAAUAAUGGUGCAGAAGAAUUAUGCACCUCCACCAUAUAUUCCUCUGGAUCAGUCAGAUGCAGAAGUACCACGAGUUUCUACCGCAGAAGAAAAUCAACAGAUCAAAAAAGAUGACCAUGCUCCAUGGAGUUCUGGAAUCUGUGCUUGUUUUGAUGAUCCACAGAGCUGCUUUAUUGGACUUCUUUGCCCUUGCUAUCUGUUUGGAAAAAAUGCGGACUUCUUGGGGUCGGGAACCUUGAUGGGAUCAUGUACAACUCACUUUAUUUUGUGGGCGCUUUUCAACACAAUUUGCUGCUUCUUAACCGAAGGCAUUCUUCUGGGUCUGCCUGGGUGCUUUGUUGCAUGUUAUGCCUGCGGCUAUCGAAAGACAUUGAGAUCAAAGUACAAUCUUCAGGAAGCUCCGUGUGGAGACUUUGCGACACACUUUUUCUGCCACUUGUGUGCCAUAUGCCAGGAGUACCGAGAGAUCCGUGAAAGAUCUUCAGAUUCAAACUCAUCUGAUCUUAGCUUAGUGGUAGUUACAGCUCCUCCAGUUCAGAAAAUGGAAACAGCUCCUGCAAACGAAUAGAUAUUCUGUUUCUACUGUCCGAAAAAAUCCAUCUUUUCAUUCUUUUAUUUUUGGCUUAUUAUCGUCCACUUCUAAUAUAGGUUUCUGCAAUAUAUGUCUCUCUUGUAAUAUCUCGGUACUCUAUUAAGUUGUACUAGUUGACUGCUCACUCUGUAUGCUCUCUGGUUGGGUUGGUAUAUACACAAGGAAAUUGCUAUGGCAUCUGUUUGGUAGGAAGAUGGUUUUAUGAAAACUUACCUUUUUGUAAAAAUUCUGCAAAGAAAAUCAUUGCUACAUAAAUUGUUUUUUUGCAUUUGGUUUGAU